UGGAGGUUUAUCCAUGCGCCGAGGAGAAUCUGACGGCAUGACGACGACUUCCUGAGAGAGAGAGAGAGAGAGAGAGAGAGAGAGAGAGAGAGAGAGAGAGACACCCUCCCCUCAGUUUCCACGGUGACGGCAUCCCUCCAUCCUCCUCCUCCUUCUCCAUCAUCUCUCUGUCCGGCUGCUGUCGGCUCGUUGGCGUCGACAGGAUGGGAGAUAAAGGAACCAGAGUGUUUAAGAAAGCCAGUCCCAAUGGGAAGCUCACUGUCUAUCUGGGGAAGAGAGACUUUGUGGACCACGUGGACCUGGUGGAGCCUGUCGAUGGCGUCGUCCUGAUUGACCCAGAGUACCUGAAGGAGAGGAAAGUUUUUGUCACUCUGACCUGUGCGUUCCGUUAUGGUCGCGAGGAUUUGGACGUCCUCGGGUUGACGUUUCGGAAGGACCUGUUUGUGGCUAAUGUCCAGGCGUUUCCUCCACUGCCUGAGGAGAAGAAGAGUCUGACUCGUCUUCAGGAACGCCUGAUUAAAAAGCUUGGAGAACAUGCCUACCCAUUCAUCUUCGAGAUUCCUCUGAACCUGCCAUGCUCUGUCACCCUGCAGCCUGGACCAGAGGACACUGGGAAGGCCUGCGGAGUUGACUUCGAGGUGAAAGCUUUCUGUGCAGAAAAUGUUGAAGAAAAGAUCCACAAAAGGAAUUCGGUGCGUCUGGUGAUCAGGAAGGUGCAGUACGCCCCAGAGAAACCUGGUCCUCAGCCGACAGCAGAAACCACCAGACAGUUCCUGAUGUCAGACAAACCUCUGCACCUGGAGGCCUCUCUGGACAAGGAGAUCUACUACCAUGGAGAGCCCAUCAGUGUUAAUGUUCAUGUCACCAACAACACCAACAAGACCGUGAAGAAGAUGAAGAUCUCUGUGCGACAGUACGCAGACAUCUGCCUCUUCAACACGGCUCAGUACAAAUGUCCAGUGGCCACUGAGGAGUCAGAUGACAUCGUAGCUCCCAGUUCAACUUUUUGCAAAGUUUUCACCCUCACUCCUUUUCUGGCCAACAACCGAGAGAAACGAGGCCUGGCUCUGGACGGAAAGCUGAAGCACGAGGACACCAACCUGGCCUCCAGCACACUGUUACGAGAAGGAGCCAAUAAGGAGAUCCUCGGUAUCAUUGUAUCAUACAAAGUCAAAGUGAAGCUGGUCGUGUCGCGAGGCGGGCUCCUGGGAGAUCUGGCGGCGAGUGACGUCUCUGUUGAGCUGCCCUUCACAUUAAUGCACCCAAAGCCGUUAGAAGAAUCCAUCUACAGAGACGCCCCAGAUGAAGCUCCAAUCGACACAAACCUAAUCGAGUUUGACACAAACGAUGAUGACAUCAUCUUUGAAGACUUUGCCCGCCAGCGGCUGAUCGGGGCGAAAGACGACAAGGAUGAGGAUGAAGAGCCAGUGGACUCGCCGAAACUCAAUGACAGAUAAAGGCGAUGAGCGUCACCGCCGCCACUGCUGUUAUUGUUUCGCUGCCAUUUGUAGUGUGGAGCUAAUGGAGGUCACCUUUAGGUCUAACCACAGUCUGGACACCCUUUAAACACUCGGUGGUGCCGUGUUUGUGUUCUCGUUCAUGUCCGUCCUCUCUCUGCGUCCUGCUGGAGUGUAAAAAGCUAGAUUACCGCAGCCUAGACAUCUGUCGUGGUGGAGCAGCUCUCCACUCCCAUGCUGGCCGGCUGAAGCAUUGAACCGGCGCUCACAGAAUCUAAACGAUGACUGGUAGCAUGCUUCACUUUAUUCUACGUGUUUCCAUUAGGGACCGAACAGGAGUAACAUUGUGCUGAGAUUAGUUUCGAUUUGUCGUAUCAGAGGGUCUUUAUAAACAAUAACACUGCCAACUUGGGUUGAUCUGGGACAGCUGUCCACCACCUGGAACCACAACGUGGACUGGAGCUGACAGAGGUUUUUGUUCAUGAACUUUCCACAGUCAAUAUGUGUGUGUGGACGAAGCUGCACAACACAAAGAAACACCAGAGGAGAAGAGACCUGCAGGACGUCCUGACCAGCCGAGAGGACCUCAAACUGUCAGAGUCGCCAAUCAGCUGAAAGGAACCUUUGGCCUAGUUUGCAUGAAAUACAUCAGUACUUUAUAUGAUUUAUUAAUGUCAUGAAUAAUCAACCCAUUAUAGAGGAUGAUCCGGAUUUUAAAGGAACAUACAAGUGUUUGUUGUUUGAUGUUUUGAUGUUGAUCAUUUUCCAAAUCAUCACCAGUAUUUGGAACAACGUCAUUCCACGCACACAGCUGCAGCAGCUUCCACUUCAGUCCGAUGAAAAUCAGCUGGCAGAGAGAUGACGGUCGCUGUCUGAACCGUAGUUCUUUAUACUGACUGAAACGUGUGUGUUCUCUAAAGCUAAUUUCCUCCUUCAUGACGACUGUUUAUAUAACUCACCUGUUUACAUUUUAUUAAGACUUAAAGUUAUGUAGAAUUGAGGUCGUUGCCUCUUUGAGUGACAGGAGGGUGAGUGUAUGCCCGCCACAAACCGUCAUUCACCGACGUCUCUGAUCGACUUAAGACCCUCCGUUUGCCCGUUUUUUUAUUAGCCCAUUGGGAGGAGUCAGGCACUGCCAAGAUGGCGACAGUGGAGCAGCUCACUGCGAACUCCAAAACCACUCUUCAGAACCUUGUGGGUGACGUCACAGAGGCUACGUCUAUCUUUAUUUAUCUCUAUGUAUUAUACUAAGAUGAACAAUGUUGGCUUUUUUUUCAAUGAAAUUAUAUUUCUCAUAGUAUUAACAUCAAAAAAGUCUUACUUUGUUAUCUUAUCGGCUCUACUAUUGAAACACUAUUUAAGCAAUCAGUGUUAAAAAACACCCACACAUCUGUCUUGUCCAGAUGCUAAAUCCAAAAGAACUGUAACUGUGACUCUCUCAAAUGCCUUGUGACAUUGUUCACUGCUCCCUUUAAACUCUCAUCUUCAUUAUAUAAAGGAAAUAAAGUUUUAGUCACAGUUGAUUAGAUCAGGAACAGAGGAACGGAAAGUUGUUCCUUAAAAAUCUUCAAUGAUUGAUCGAGUCUCGGAAGUAUGAACAUCAUUGAAUGCACCAACAUUUCUCAACAGUCCCUGCUUUCAUGUGCGUUACCAUGGUGAUAACAGACCUUUGUCCAAAAGUAAAGGAUGGGAAUUCUCUGCUGGAUGAUUUUCAAUUUAAAAACUGGUGUAUGAUUCAGAAAAUGAUCAGCGAGGACGCAACGUAAACAGGAUGUAUUUCAAAUAACGGUUGAAAAAAAAAAGGAAGAAAAAAAACCCACCAGUAUCGUCCUUUGAUGAACAGAUAUUACUCAUAUCAGGAGACCUGAUGAGGUGUAAUUACUAAACAUAUAUUUUACAAAACAAAUGUUUAAUUUGAACAUUCAAAACAAAGCAGUGCCAGUCUGAGACGUUGCUCCAUGUGAACUGAGUCAGUGUGUAGAUGUGUCAUCAGUACUGUGUGUGUGAGUGUGUAUGUGAUGAUGGAGAGAAGAUGUCACUCUUUACCUGACUAACUAAAUCAAUCCGUUUUUUUCUUCAUUGUAACAUUAUAUUACAAGAUAAAGAUAAAAAACACCCAAAAUAUCUUUAUUAUUUCUAAUAUUGUUUGAAUUGGCUUUUAUUUUGACAGGGCCAGGAGAAAACCUGUAUAUCCCACUGCAUCUUUAAUAAAGGGACGUUUGUGGCAA